UUUAAGUACCGCGCAGUGUGCUCCGUCUCACGAACAAACUGAUCCAAGAGCGGAGCGACGCGAGAAGAAAAGUUCUCCGAAGUUGGACGCUGAGAGAUAAAUACUGAGGACGAAGACGAGCUGAUCCAGAGAAGAAUCCGCACAGAUCAGAAUGCCAGGUGAGCGGUUGACAGUAAGAGGGACGUCGGAGAUUGGGCGUUUCCCAGGAGCAGCCCCGCCCACCAGGGUGGAGCUGACCAUUCACAAAGAGGGCGAGAAGAAGCAGGAGGAAGGAGGCUGUCGCCGCUGGUUCAAGAAGAUGUGUCCAUGUUGCAUCAAGCGCCAGACCAGCACCUCCUAUGAUGUUACAGAUAAGGUGGAUUUGAUCAAACCUCCGGCGCCGGCCCCUGCGCCGGCCCCAGAGCCCGUCAAGCCAAAGCCUGAGAAUGGAGACGCAAAGGAAAUGGAAGAAAUAAAGCUGACGGUGCGCUCCGUGGACCUGCUGAGCUCCAAGACGGGUCAGAACAGACUGGAGCACCACACCGACUUGUAUCACGGGGAGGAGCUGAUCAUCCGCAGAGGACAGACCUUCCAGAUCGAGCUGGAGCUCAACAGGCCCUUCAAUGCUGACACUGACAAGUUGCACCUGGAAAUGAAAACAGGUCCCCUGCCCACGGUGUCCAAAGGCACCCAUGCCAUCAUUCCGUUGGUAGAUCACCUGGAGGAUGAACGCUGGGAGGCCAAGGUCGUAGAGCAGAGCGGCAACAAGGUCAAGCUGUCCGUCAACUCCCCAUCCAAUGCAGUGUGCGGUCUGUACGGGCUCGCGGCGACGAGCACCUCCUCGACGGCCGAGGCGGCGACCACUCACAACGCCAGCAAGAACAUCGUCAUGCUCUUCAACCCCUGGUGUGAAGAGGACACGGUGUUCCUGGAUGAUGAGGAGGAGAGGAAGGAGUACGUGCUGAACGACACAGGGAGGAUUUACUAUGGCACAGAGAAACAAAUAGGCGCUCGCACGUGGAACUUUGGGCAGUUUCAUGAGGGAAUCCUGGAAGCAUGUCUGUUUAUCCUGGAGAAGAGCGACAUGCCUGCAUCUGGCCGAGCAGAUCCCGUCAAUGUGGUUAGAGUCAUAUCUGCCAUGAUAAACGCUCAGGAUGACUUUGGGGUUCUGGUCGGGAACUGGUCUGGGGAUUACUCUGACGGAGUGUCUCCUGCGGCGUGGAGCAGCAGCGUGGAGAUCCUGAGGAAAUACCACUCGUCCGACGGAACGCCUGUGUCAUAUGGACAGUGCUGGGUCUUUUCUGGGGUCACCACAACAGUGCUGCGUGGCCUUGGCAUACCCGCCCGCAGUGUGACCAACUUCCAGUCCGCUCAUGAUACUGACGUAUCCCUCACUACAGAUGUCUAUUUGGAUGAGAACAUGGACCCGAUCGACUACCUCAAUAGCGACUCUGUCUGGAACUUCCACGUGUGGAAUGACUGCUGGAUGGCGAGACCAGACCUGCCCCCUGGUCAUGGAGGCUGGCAGGCUGUUGACUCCACUCCCCAGGAAACGAGCCAGGGCACCUUCCGCUGCGGCCCCGCCUCUGUCAACGCCAUCCGCUCCGGCCAGGUCUACCUCAAACAUGACACGCCGUUCGUCUUUGCUGAGGUCAACAGUGAUAAGAUCUACUGGCAGAGGAACCUGGAUGGUUCAUUCAGCCAGAUCCACAGCGAGAAGAAAGCUGUCGGCCACUUCAUCAGCACUAAAGCAGUGGGCUCUGACGAGCGGGCAGACAUCACACACCUGUACAAACACCAGGAAGGUUCGGAAGAGGAACGCAUCGCCGUGGAGACUGCCAGUCGCUAUGGCAGCAAGCCAAAUACCUACUCCACACCCAUGGCGGAGGACGUGAGCGUGGAGGUGAGGAUGGAGGGUGAGGGGCCCAGGAUGGGUGCCGACGCCCAGCUGAGCAUCCUGGUGAAGAACCUGAGCUCGCAGCCUCGCAAGACCACUCUGCACAGCCAGGCGGCCGUCAUGUACUACACCGGUGUGCUGAAGGACACCAUCAAGAAGGAGCAGAUCCUUGUGGAGCUUUUGCCCAAUGAAGAGAAGACCAUUGAGUGGAUGCUGCCGUACCAACAGUACCAAAACCAGCUGGUGGAUCAGGCAGCCCUGAUGCUGACCCUCUCGGGAAGAGUCAGUGAGACCCAGCAAGUACUCGCCAACCAGACCUCCUUCAGGCUCCGUACACCUGAUCUCAGCAUCACGCCUUUGGGAGAGGCCGUGGUUGGUAAGGAGAUGGCGGCCAAGAUUACCUUCACCAACCCUCUGCCACGUAUGCUAAAGGCGGUGGUGUUCAGGGUGGAGGGCCUGGGUCUGCAGAAGGGCCAUGAAGUGGUUGUAGGUGAUGUCAGCAGCCACUCCACCGUGACAUUGACGGAGCACUUCAUCCCCACCCAGCCGGGACCCAGGAAGCUGGUGGCGUCGCUCGACUGUAAACAGCUCUCGCAAGUGCACGGAGUGGCUGAUAUCAUCGUUCUGGAGCAAUGAGAAGGAGCUAGCGACAUCACUUCCUGUGCUGCUUCUCUCACAUCGCCUUUUCCUUAUAAAAUAUGAACAGAGAACCUCUGAUUAUAUGAAACAUGUUUAUGUAUCUUCAAAAUAUCUUGUUUAUUUUGUACUACAGAUAUUUUUAAUAUUAUGAAUAGACCAUUAACAGUUGUAGCAUUGUUAGCAUUAUUAACUUGAAAUGAUAUGAAUUCACACCUCUACCUUGCUCUUAAAUGUCAGAACUGUGGUGAAGUAUGCGGUGGGGCUCUAAUGCACGCACAGCAAGUGAAGCGCUUUAAUUUCCAUGCAUUUGUAUGUCGAUUGCAUAGACUGUCAUAACACUAGUGCAUUUCAAGACACUGAACAAAUGAUGUGAAGGUGCGGAAAGGUCAUGACCAUGUGGCGAUAAUGUAAAUACUGUGUGUGUGUUAUUCAUAUAGCUGAGAAGUAUGUGAAACGUAUUGUCAGACAAAAUGAACCUCACGUGGCUUACAUGAAGGGAGGGGGGGGCGGGGGUUAAAGGGAAUGAUGUCAAAAUUGGCAGUGACAUUUUACAAAGGGCACACUGUAAUUUCCCUUUUUUUCCUGUUACAUUCGACUGAAGAAGUUGUGAUUUGUGAAAAUUAUUGUUUGAAAGAUUAAGAUAUUUUUGCAGACCAAACGAUGUCACGGGGUGUAAAAGGUUAUUUAAAUCACCAUCAGAUGAAAUGCUUAUUCAUAGUGCGAGUUACCACUCAGAAAACUGAAUGCAAACCUGGACGUUCCCUUUGGGAAAAUUCGGCCAGAUGUUGUUCUGUGUGUCUUGUGUGUGUUUGUCCAUCACGUGUUUAUAAUAUCUCUGACGUCAGCUUCACAGUGUAUCGCAACUUACCUGCAAAACUGUACUUGUCACUUGCUAGCAAACCAUAUCAGAAUAGAGGCCACGAGUUUAAGUUCAGCACUCAAAGUACAAUGUGAAGGAAGCUACUUUAAUGAUAUUACACUAUUUAUCUACCUGGAGUGUUAUUUUUUGUAUAGUAUGUGUUGUGUUGGUAAUAAAACUUACACUGACAUGA